AAGGAAUGGACUUAUCAGACUUUGACCAAACACAAGCAAUAGUAGUAGACGAUGAGGAAAGUGAUCUCACUGAUGAAUUACAACCUAAUGAAGUUCAAAAGCCUGUAAGUUUCCAUGGUUGGAAAAUUGUUUUUUAAAAUUCCCAUGUUCUUCUUCUGUCUGCCUCUACAAGGGAGGCAUCGUGGGUAGACGGGUUGGCAAUCUGCGGUGAGGCUUACUCAAGAUUCAUGAAGUGGACUUUAAAAGUGUCCUUCACACAGUCGAUCUAACGCCGGGCAUAACUGGAGUGCUUGUUAUUAUAUGUUGAUAAUGCCUGAUGAUUGACAGGCAUUAUGACCAGGUGGUCAAAUUAAUUAUUUAGCACAUAAUUGUAUGGAUACAAGCCAUUACCAUUUUAUGGAUUUUUAUAAUUCUGGAUUUUUACGUCACUGAUGUCAUCAACAUUUUUAUAACUUGAUAUUGCAAAGUUGUAAAUAUGCUUACUAUAGUAUACUACAAAUAAAAUUAUGUAUAAAAAAUCAAAGCUCUUUGAAAUGAUUUUGAUUAAUUGUUAUGUUUAUUUAUGCUUUAUUAAGCCAGGGACUUACAAAAUAUUAUGAGUUUAUAGUAUUGUAAAUAAUGUUUGCCUGAAACAUAAAAUGUCCCAAUCAUCAAAGGGAAAAUAUUAAAAUGACUGAAACAGAAGUUUCAAUAAAAUCUUGAACUUAUUAUUUCAUAAAGAAACCAUAGCAAGCAUUGUGCUUAUCAUUUAACUUAUAUUUGACAGGCUGGCUACCUUAAAGUUCCACUUCAAAGAGGUUUAAAAGAAUCUAUUCAUCCUGUUUAUGAUGGUAAAUAAGAAUAUUUAAAUAUUUUCUUAAAUGUAUUUGAGACCUACUUGUGUGUGUUAAUUUAUUCUCAGUGUUAAGCCAAUUGGAGAUGGAAUUUCAUUAUUUAAAAAAAAAUUUUUUUUUGCUUUCUUCAUCUUAUUGCAAAAUGCUUUAAAAAUGGUUAAAUUGGGACCAGAUUUUUUAAAAUUACGAGAUUGAACUAUGGGCAUAUUAAAUGUAUAAAAAUACCCUUAUAAUGUAAUUGAAAUAUUCACACAUUCUUUUCCAGCAAAUUUUAUUAUUGCUAGAUAUUUUUUAACUAAAUAACUGGCAUGAUAGUUCUGCAGUCACCUAAAUUGAGGGAUUUAAGAUAUAAAUUGGGAAAGAGUAAAAUGCUGUAAUGAUCAGAAGCAUCGACAUUUUAUUUUUUUCCCAGGAGACAAUAUCAUAGGUAGAAAUGCAGACUCUUGCCACAUCUGUAUACCAUCAAAGGUAAAAUAAUAAUUAAAUCAUUUUUGAUAAGGGUGCAAAUUAUAAUAUAUUUAAUUUCAUUGCUUAAAUUUCUAUGAUUGUUGCAUAGUGGAUUACUAUUUUUCAUUUUUAAACUUCUGUUUGUUUCAGGAGGGGUAAUUUAUUCAAAACACCAUUUGUUGUCAUAAGUAGUAUUUCUUCAUGGAUAAUGAAUAUCAAAAUAUUUAUAGUUGGUCUUUAAAAAGAAUUUGUGUCUAUUCCAUUUCAUUUGCUUUUUGAAUGCUAAUUCAAUUCAAGAUCUGGCAAAUCAUUUCUUAUUAUGCUCUUCAAGGAGCAUAAGAAUUUUAGAAAGGCUUAGGUUGGGCAUGCCACAAAAAAGGUUGGGAAACACUGACUUAGACCUAUCUAAUGUGUUGAAUUUUUUUCCUCCCCAGUCUUUGUCAAAAGAGCAUGCGUGCAUACAGGUUAUUAAUGGCAGCCAUUUAAUAUUUGACAAAGGAAGCUUAAACAAAACUCACAGAGGAAAGGUAUCAUUGUCUUUUACAAUAUAAGCAAGUCCAUUAUUCUUUUAUUUAGCAUUCUUGGAUAUUUUUUAUAGUGAAAAAAACAAAAAAAAGAUUUUUAGGAAGUGUUUAAAAGUUUAGCUUAUUUUUUUUAGUAGUAUGUUAGUUAAAACAAAAUAAAAAUGUUGUGCAGUAGAAGUUGUUAAAAUUAUUUAUUAACCCCUUUACAUGUCAGUAUGAAGCUAUAAAAUUCAUUGAUAUUCUAUGACUCUUUGUAACUUUGGGGCCAUCCCUAAAUGAUAUGGUUUGGGAAAGGGGGGGGGGGAUGUUUGCAUGAAUCUGUGACAGGGUGUGUUAUAAAAGUGUUGAAUUAUUUUGUGUCCAAAUAUUAAUAUUGUGCUGGCCGUUGGGAGGGGGAGGAGGUUGGGUGUAAAAAGUCAGCCAAAAUAGCAGCAUGAGUUAUGGAUGGUCCCUUUAGAGAUGUUUCAAUCAAUUAAAUUAUUUUCUAAUAGGAUUCCAAUUUAAAAAUAUAGUUUUUUAAAUUUCCACAAGCCUCCACUUCAUUUUAUUUUUAGUUAUGGACACAAAAAAUGUUUAUUUCCACAAAUUUGAUAUCUUCAUGCUGACCUUGUGAAAUUUUUAACACCUUUAUUCCAUCUAAUAAUCAGUUUAUGAAAACCUUAAUGUUUUAUUGGUUAAAUUGAAGAAAGUUAUUUAUAGAACUACAAUAGUUAAGUCUUACCUUACUUUUUAAAAAAGAUAUGUUUUAUUUUACACUUCAGCUUCUCCUGAGCCCUGAGGUUCGCUAUGAACUGAAAAAUGAUGAUGAAAUAACAUUUGCUGAUGUCAGAUGUGUUUAUGUUUUGCCUAAAGAGGUAAAUAUUGUGGAAACCUGGUUUAUUCAUAGUUUGGCAGAUUUUUUUGUAAAUCCCUUUGAAACUUUGUAAAACCUUUAAUUGCCAUGGUAAAAUUUUGCUAAGAAUACCAUCAAGAGUUGGUCAUUAUAGUAAAUUAUGAUUUAAAUACAAUUUUGACAAAAUGUUUUUAACAUCUUUUAGAAAAGUUAAAAAAUUGUGUUUAAAAAAAUAAAACACUUUUAUGAAAAAGGAGAGUAACACUUAGAUUCUAUAAGUUUGAAUAUGCCUUUAAUUCAGAGUUUGACUAAAAUCUUUAAAAUGAUAAUGUAUAAACAUAAAAAUUAAGUCUAGUUUUCAAUAUUUUUUUUUGAAUAGUCACUUGAACCAAUUUAGCACUUCAUCAUUGCCUACCAUUAAAGUAAGGAAUUAAAAACACUUUUAACUUCUGCUUAAACAAUAGUGGAAAAAGAAAAUCUCUUUAAAGGGUAUUUUAAAAAAUUAAUGUAGGUUUCUGACACAGUGGCAGACUCAGGCUCAGAAACAGAGGAUUCUGACAAUUUGCUACUACGGCAUGAAGUCACACUUGAGGAUUCAGGUGGAGUAAGUGAACUGAAAGAGAAAACAGAUAUGAGUAAUGGAAAUGAUGAAGACAGCAAUGAAGAUAGUGUGCUACCACCUACCCAGGUUAGAUUUUGCUUAUAUUAAUUAAUUUUUUAAAAUAAUUUCAGGUGUCACACUUUCAGAUUUAAAUAACUGAGCAUAAUUUUAUUUUGUUUUGUGCUUGCAACUGGUCUUGACACAAAAUCUCUGAACAUUGUUACAAAAAAAAAAAAAAAAAUCUUUUGCCCCUUUUGAGAACCACUGUUGUAGACAAUUAAGCUUUUUAUUAUAAUGUAUUAAAUUUAUAUUAAUCAAUGGUAUAUUAUCUGAUAAAAUUGUUACCAAUAUUCUUCAUCUAGGUCUUUGCAGAGAGGUCAGAAAGAAAAAGUAUUUCAGGUAUUUUUAAAUUAUUUUUUUAAAUAAAUUUUUUGUUAAAAUAAACAAUUAUUGUUAAAUUGAGCUCUUAGUUUUCAUACAAGUGAUCCUGUGACCUGACCUUUUUAUGACCUUGUUUAGCAUUUUCAGAAACUUCAUUAAAAUCUGAAGUGAUAUUAGUGAUUGGUUGGGUAUCUUAAAAAUGGAAUGAAAAAGUUAAGGCAAUCUUAAAUCCCAAUGAUGUACAAACAUUUUAAUUAUUUUUUAUGGAACUGAUGUCCUGAAAACCCUUAAAUAGAAAUAAAUAGAAAUAUGAUAUUACUAAAAGGUUAAUAUUAUACAGCAAUUGGUCAUCUGUAAACCUAAUUAUUAAAAAGAAUAAUUUUUAAGUGUUUUGUUUUUAAAAAGCGUUACAAUAAUGAAUACUAAAAAAAAUAACUACAUUUGCAUCAUCUCUUAUGUUUUCACAGCUAUGCUAGCUAAAGAUACCCCAAAAGUUUUUGCCGGUAAAAAUGGUGAUAUGGAGGAAGGUGAGUUGUUUCGUGUGGUUAGACAAAAAUCAUUAUGUCAUUUAUUUAGGACAUAAUUACAAUUUCGGGGGAGUGGGUGGCUGUGUGAUCAAGCGUGUCGACAACAAGACACAACAAGCAACUGUAGUAGGCUGGUGUUCAAAACCACAGAAGUACCAAGAAAACCAAUAAAAACACAGAUAUAGUCCCUUGGGUAGAUAAGGCAUCAACCACCUUGGACGGUGGCUCAUCAAGGAGAAGGAAAAACCCUGACCACAAAAACCCAUUGCCUUGGAAUUAAAAUCCCAAAGUUUUUUCUUAAUCAGCGGUUUUCUCCCUUGGCCUUUUAGUUUUUUUUUUUGGUUUUUUUUUUAGCUGCUCACAAGGCAAUACUUUCUCUUGCUUUCGUUAGUCAAUGUGUGCGAAGCUAGGGGGUUUCUUUUCAGGCCCUGCUGAAUUUUUUGUCUGGUGUCUGGUUUUACCACCACUCUCACUACACAAAUAAACGGUUUGAUUUACUAAAUGCUGAUCAACUACCACAAAAUAUUCAACAUUAAAUGUUUCCAUUGUUUGACUACUCAGCAGCCCCAAUGCAAACCAUGGUGUUUUCAGAGUCUGAAAGUGAAGAGGAUCUGGUCAUAAAAAAACCUUCAGGUGUUGUGGAGGAAACAUUUUACUGUGAAGACAGUGGUGAGUUAUUUGAUAGACCUCCUUUCUUUCAAAUUGAUCAUGUAUGCUUCUUUCUGUUUAUGUCAUGGGAAUUCAUUUGGUUGAAUCUCAUACUAGAGAGUUUUUUUUUUGAGCUGGUCCUUAUCUAUCUUUUGACACAUUAAGCUAUAAUAUUUUCAUGGUGACCCAAGCUUCAUUUUAAUACUACUAUUCAAAUCACCAUUUCCUGUAUCAUUAUUUACUGUACCACAGAUCCGGAGUCCAGCAAAGACCAAGAAGUCUUAGGGGUUGCCACUCAGGCGUAUUUCAAGGCUGAGUGUUCUGAUGACACAGAUGGUUAGUUGAAAUGAUCUCCAAUUAUGUGAACAUCAGAUGAGCACUCAAUAUGAGUACUUAAAAUAUUUCCUCAUAGAAAUCAGUUUAUCACAACAUGAAAUAGCCAAGCUUUCAGUUGGAUUUAUUAAUUUAUAUUAUUUAAUAAAUAAGGUCAGGACAUUAAAUACUUUUUGUAUAAGUGCUGGUAUUCAAAGUGCUGGAAGAGGUCUGUGGGCCAAAGACAGAUUACUGUCAAUGAACUUGACAUUUAUAUACAACUAUAAAUUAAAGGGCUUUAAGUCUAUAGUCUUUAAAAUUCUUGGAUUUAAUAUAAUUUUAUUGUGGUAACUCUGUAUGAAAUGUGCAUUUGAGAUGUCACAUUGUGUCUGAUGAUAUAUAUAUAUAUAUAUUUUUUUUUUUGCAAUAAAUUCUAAAAAAAAUAGCCAUUUUAUUUUAAAUUACUUGAAGUAAAUUUUAAGCUGUUGACCAAUGACACUUUGUCAUAUUGCAGAGGAAGUCCUAAAGUCUGACUUAGUUGGUGCAGACAAACAUGCAUAUGCUACUGGAGCAAACAUUGAUGGGGAUGAGAAAGAGGCGGACCAAGAUGGUGCCAUCAAGUGUGCAUCCACAGUGGUAAGAUAUUGGGGCACUAGAAUAUAUAACCCGAUGUUACCGGGAUAAUAAUGGUAGGCAUUUAGUGUUACUUUCUACCUGCUUUUUGCAAAGUCUCAACAACUAGAAAUCCACUUGUAUACUUAUGUAACUGGAGCAGGUUUGGAUGUUGUGUGCUCAUCAAAAACAACCAAAAAAAAAACUUCACCAAAUGUUCAGUUGUUUCCUCUUGCUGUCCUCUUGGAUACUAUAUUGCAGCUAAAUGUUUAUUUUCAUUUUAUAUUGUGUUUACUGUUGUUUGUCCACUGAUUAAUAAGACACAAACAAAUUGUGUCACUAGAACACUACAAGGUACGCUUUAAUAAUAAUUAUACAUUAUACACAAGUAAACGUUUCGGCACAUGCCUUCAUCAGUACAAACAAACAAAAGACAUUUAAAUAAGUAUAAAUUAAAUUUACAUAAUAUCAAUAUACAUAUCCUACUUAAAACAAAAAAAUAUAGGAGAGGGCGCUAAAACCAGACAAAAACAAAAUUAAGAGGCGUAGAAAGGAAGUGAAGAAGGUGUCUUGUCUACACAUUCAUUGUUUAUUUUUGUCCUUUUUUUCAACUUUGCCUAUAAUUUGUUUCGCUCAUUUCCAAAAUAAAAAUAUUAAAAAAAAAAAAAAGUAUUUCCAUAUCCUUGAAAUUUAUCUUCAGGAUUCCUUAUUUUUAAAAGAACUAUCUAUGUAAUUAUGUUUAUGUUUCUAAUGUCAUUUAGUUUUUAGAAAUAUUCAUCUUCUCUAUAAUAUUGGCCCACCCUAUCCCUUGUCGCGUCUCUGAACUACAUUUUUUUUCUCUCUAAAAAUUGUAAAAACAUGACAUUAAAUUUACAAAAAAAAUCUCUAUACCAUUUAAAAUAUUUUUUACAUUAAGGGCAUUGGAAAUAUUGUUAUUUCACCAAACUUUUGCCUUGCUUCUCUACUAUAUUUUCAGAAAAUUGUUAAAUACAGAAGUGUUACAUCUAAAGAAGAAUCUCUUAACCGAUUUUCACAUCUGUUACAAACAUAGCAUUUAAAAAAAAAAAUAAUAAUAUUAAUCUCUUAAAUAUGUACACCCACUUUUCCAUGAUACUUUUUGCAAAGUGGAUACAAAAAUAGAUUUUUUUGUAUUUUGAAAGAAAAUUUCAAUUAUCUUUGUUUAUGCCCAUGAACUGUAAAGGAAAAAAAAAUAUGGCUCUAUUUUUUAGAUUAAAUUUACAUGUGUGUAAACUGAUUGAGCUUUGGGAUGUUUUUUGAGGUAUGGGUAUACUUAUGUAAAUGUACCCAUAGUAUUGUCAAGGCACUUGGACUGUAUUUGCUUAAUUGGUACAGCAUGUUUUAUAUAUGUGUUCACUGAAGAAGUUAAUUAUUUAUCAAAUUCACUCUGUCAUUGUUAGGCAUAUCUUGUGCUGCCUGGGGCAAAAUGAAAGUAUCAAAUCCCCCCUCCCCCCCACAGUUUAAAAAAAAAAACAUUAAUAAAUCAUACAUGGGAUGAUAGCCCCCUACGUACGCAACCACUAAUUUUUUUGCACGCUCCUGAACUUUCCUAAAAUCAAUAAAAAGUGUGAUGAAUGUAAUUUUCUUUUUAAUAAUGAUAUUCAUGAUUUUAGUGAGACAAAAAGAACAUAUUAUAGUGCUUCAUUUUUUUUUUAAAAUAUUUUUUUUGACUGGUGACAAAAGUUCACUUGUGCUGCACCUUCUGGGGAAUACUGUUAAUUGUUUGUCCUUAAUGUGGCUUUUAUCCUUUGUGUGACAAAUGAAGAUUUAAUAGUUUACUGAGUUGUCAUGUUUGUUUGUGUACAGCUGAAUGAUGCAUUGGAGGACAAAGAAGAGCCAGAAUCUCUUGAUAGAGGCUCUAAUCAACCCUCAAGAACUCAUAAUGGAGGCUCCAAGGGGAAUAAAAAAGGUACAGUUUAUUUUAAACUCGAUAACAGCUCUUGGAAAAAAAUGAUGAAGUAAAUGCCUGAUGCAGGUAACCAAUAAAAAAUAAUUAUAGUAAUCUGUACUCAAAAUUCAUUUUUAAUAUCCCAAUUUUAAAGACAAUAAGUGUAAAAAUCAUAUGGCUCCAUUUCAGAAACACAGACAUUCAAUGAGGCAAAGAGCAUGACAAAGUCAAAGGUUUCUGAAUUGACAGCCACUCAAAUCUUUGAGGAAGAUGAAGACAGUGAUUCAGCAGAAAAUUACAAGCUUUUUGCCAUGUCCACCCUAGCUUGUGAUUCUGCUGGAGCAGCCGAUUCAGAAAGCGAAGGAGAAAAAGCUAAAGGAUAUGCCGGGGAGAAUGAACCCCCACAAGUGUUUGACGUCUGUCCACCAACAAUGAAAAUAGCUGAAGAUCCAGAUGAAAAUGGAAACCACGAGACGACCUCUGGUCCAUCAUCAAAGAAAAAGAAAGGGCGGCCGCCUCGCACAGUUAAAAGUAAUUCAACAGGAUCUCUGUCACCUGAGUUACCCACACAGGUGUUGGUGGGAGUCACACAAGAGAAGAGCGCAAACAUUGAUGCAGAUCGUGAUAAGACUUUUGAUGUCAGGGAUGAGCUAACGGGGAACUUGGAUGAUACUGGCAAAGACACUGUGAAACCUGAUGAGAUCAGUGAAGGCAAGAAAGGGGGAGAAAAAGGAGACGUAAUCCUGGAUCGUCCAACCCUGGUUUUGGGUGAGACCGUACCCAUUAGCAGUGACUCAGAGAAUGAAUCAGAAGCUGGAAGGAGAAGAGUUGGGAAGGUCCAGAAGUCUAAUAAAUUACCUGCACCUUUUUCUAGUCCUGUAAAAGUUAUCGGCAACAGAUUAUCCACAAGAAAAGGGCGUAGCAGAGCUUGCAAAACUACAGCAGAAGACUCAGCUUUAAGCAGUUCAGACGGUGUUUCUUGUGGAGAAGAUAAUGUGUCAUUUGAGAAGUCACUACUUGAAAACAAGCAAAAAUCUGGGGAGAGUGAGGCUGAACUGGAUGCUCCGAGUCAGGAUCUUGAUAAACCGGCCAAGGAAAUAUUUUCACCCAACACUAAAACAGUGAAGAAAAGAGGUUUACUCUUGGGGAAACAGUCCAGAACUGGAACAGUUGAUCAGGAUGAACCCAGUUUGCCUUCAGGGCCAUCUGAUGAGCCGACUCAAGCGUAUGGUAUUAUGGAAGCAGGGAGCACCCAGGUAUAUGAAAUGGAUACUGAAGUUGGUGAGGAAACUUCUAAGGUCGAUGAGCCCACUCAGGCAUUUGUGGAUGAAUGUGUUCAAAAAACUUCUUUCAAAUCCAAUGGAAAGGAUAAUGUCAUGGAUACCAAAGUGAUGGAAGCGGUAGAAACACAAGAGUAUGAAAUGGACAGUGAUGGCGAUGAGGAUGUAUCUAGAGUUGGAGAACCAACCCAGGCUUAUGUGGAUGAUAAUGUACAAAAAUGUUCCCCUAUAAAGGAUAAUGCAGCGUGCUCCAAAAGCAAGGAGAUGUUAGAAACACAAGAGUAUGAAAUGGACAGUGAUGGCUAUGAGGACGUAACAACAGCCGAUGAACCCACCCAGGCCUAUGAUGUUGAUGCCACUCAAGCGUUUGAUGACGAGGGGGCAUGCGGUAGCUCAAAGGUUGAAGACCCCACCCAGAAGUAUGACAUCGGGGUAGAAGGAGAUGACGAGACCCUAUCAAAAGAGGACAGUGAAAAUCACAAGAGGUUAAUAUGAUUGUACUGUUUAUUUUUUGUUGCACUUGUUACUGAAGGAGCAUGUGUUACUGAAUGAAACAAGAUGCUGAAUGAAGUAAAAACAACAGCUAAAACUGUGACCGGCUCGCACGUAUAGUUAAAAAAAAAAACGGGUACGAAUGAAAACGGUUGUUGAAUAAAUUUUGUUUCAGGACACAAAGGGCGCAGGUAAUAUUUUUUUUAAAACUUAUUUUACUGGCAGAGGUGAAUAUUCAACGGAGGUUCCGGACGAGUCUUUUGAUGAUUCAGAUUUAGAGGACCAGCCACUGCUGAGAGUCAAUGAAAACAAUUUGAUAAGUGACACUCAACAGGUACCUACUAUGACAGCAUUUUGUUUUUUUCCAAUAAUUAUUAAGAAAAAGUUGAGAUUUUUUAAUGCCAGGCGUAUAAGUUAAUUUAAUUUUUAAAAUUAGAUCUAAAGUAUAAUGUCUCUUACAAUGUUAAGUUUAUCAAAUAUUAAAAUUAUAAUUGUUACAUAUGCCUGUUACUUGUUACAUAUGCCUGUUACUUGUUACAUAUGCCUGUUACAAUAGAUACAGUUGUAUGAUAAGACUAAAAUUAAAAUUGUAUGCUGUGUUUAGCUUGCCGAAGAAGGAGAUUCAGGAGAGGUGAAUGUAAACAAGUCCAAACCAGUGGAGCCAACUUUAGCCCAUGGUUCGAGUGGGAAAGAACAAGUGUCCCCACCGAGGAUCAGAAACAAUGAGGACAACGGUGCUGUUUCAGGUAGCUUAUUGAUAGAUUUAGUAUGUCAUAUUUUGACUAGAUUACCGCAAAGAGAAGGUAAAAGUGUUAUUGUCAUUUAGUGAUCAAGUUUGUUCUGGCAGGCUCACCUUUUAAAGUAAUAUAAAAACAGCAUUUGUUCAAUUUUCCAACAGAUGAAGAUUCCAAGGCUGAGCCCACAUCUGACACAGAAGAGGUAAUGAUCCGUUUUCAUUUAUUUCAUUUUACUGCUAAUUACAGGCUGGCAGAAUGUCAGUUUCUGCGCCGAAAUUUUCCAUUUUAUCAUUUUAUGCUUAGUUUUGAUUUUGGCCAAAGCAAAAGUUAAUUUAUGGUUUCGGCCGAAAGUGAUUGAGACUUUUGGCCUUCUGGCCGAAGUGAUUGAGACUUUUGGCCUUCUGGCCGAAAGUGAGUGAGGCUUUAGGUCAUUACCAGAAGUUAGACUAUCACCUUGGCUGUCUGCUGGCAAUCAUGUCUUGCUGUCCUUGUAUGAUUUAUGACUAAUCCUCUGCAAACACUGCUCACAGCUGUAUGAUGACCUACUUGUCCAAUAUUUCCAAACAUAAACUUUUAAAUAGGUUUAGGCAAAGGUAAAUAGUUUUGUGGAGAAAAAAAAUAAGGGAAUUUUAAUUUUUAUAUUAUUAUUUAUGUUUUAAUUUGUUCAAAAAUAAAUUAUAAUGUAACCUUAGGCUCAUUCAAUUCAUUCAUUUGUGAAAUUCAUUUAGAUUUAUCAUGAUCAUGCUCAUCAAUGUGCAAAGGUGAAUAGUAGUGUAACAAAAGCUAGCGGAUGGUAACAAUUCCAAUAUUAUUUUUGUUUUAAAUUUGCUUGUGACGCAGUUUUGUGACAUAAUUAGGCCUAUUUCAUUUGUCUGAACCGCAGCAAUUGUGAAAACGGAGAAAACUAGGGAUGUUGAAUUUUAAUUUUUUUAAUAAAAUGCAUUUUAAACUGUUAUGCACAGGAAUUUACUCAUUUUAGUCUUAGUUAGCAAGGACAGCUUGCUUAGGCCCAUACUUAGAAGACCUACUUUCUAUUAACAAAUGUUAUAACAAUGUAAGUUAUAUUUAAAAAAAUAGGUCUAUAAUAUUAGGUUCUUCACUAAGUGGCCAGUGCCGAUAGAUUUUUCGGAUGCGAGAAACAGACCAUAAACCCGUGACUGAUCGACCGGUCACAGGAUCAUAUGGAGAUCUAGUUUCUUUUGUCUACGUAAGGAAGUGACAAUGAACUUGUUAGUCUGUUUUGUGGACACAAGGAGGACGAUCAUUACAACAUAAACUUAGGGAUUCUUUCACUCCUGUAUUUUGAGAAAUAAAUAAUUAUUUUUAAUUAUGCAAAACUUGUUUAUUUGUUGUUUGCUAUUUCUUCUUGCGGAGUUCAAAAGCCGGUGAUUGGUCAGUGGAUCAAGAUAACCACCAACGUAAAGUGGCAAAUUUGGCCGCCUUUUGUGCUUGAGAUAUCAGAGUUCGGCGAAAUAAAAGAAUUGACGUAACCGAUGAGAAAAUGCUAAGAAAAAGAGAGAUAAGUGGGUUCAACUGUAUAUUGAUGUCCCCUUGUCCAAUCAGCUCUGGCAUUCAAAAUCGGCUUACAUUGACGGAUGUGCACAUUGCAUGGAUUUAUAUGAUUUGAAUGUUACCAUCGGGUAUGGAAUCAGCGCUCCACUUACAAGACUACAUAUUUUUUUUUACAUGCAUUCUCAACUGCUCGGUACAGCAGCGUUUGAUUUUGACAUAUGCGAUAAAAUCUAGUAAGCGGCAUUUGAAAUCUAUUUUUAGAAGUCACUAAGCAGCUGUACAAUUUUAAUACCCCAACCAUCACUUCUCCUCCUUUCUCCCAAUACAGCUUGCUGUAGUUUGAGACCACAAUAUGUUAAUGGCAAAUAAAACCAGGCUCCAAGGCUUAAUGCUGGGGUGGGCAACCCGUGACCUGCCAUGUUAAAUGUUGUGGGAUGUAUCACCAAUGAACUUCUUUCUUCAUUCAAAUGGCGAUUGUUUAAAUUUUUUGCAUAAAAGCACAUUUUUAAAAUAAAUAUACACGUCAUUUUUUUGUGUAAGCUAGGCGCCAUUUUGGUGUAUCCGCCCCCAUUUUGGACGGAUAUAAAAAAAAUAGGAAGAUAUAAGUAAUAAUUGACAGAACAAUUUUUCUAUUAGUUAGCUAUUUAAGUAUUUGACAUGGGAGAUCAUGUUCAGCUGAUGGGUGUUAUUUACAUUUUUAACAUAUUUCUAAUAAAUUGUCCCAUAGCCAUGGAACUGGACUCAGGAUUUUCUCUACUGCAGUCAAAUAAAAUUUUUUUUUUUUUUUUUCAAACUCGCAAUGCAGCUGGCAGCUGAUAGUCAUCCCACAAAAAUAGAUACAUCUCCUCUGAAGGAUACAUCUCCUCUGAAGGAUACAUCUUCGCCGAAGGAUACAUCUCCACUGAAGGAUACACCUCCACCGAAGGAUACAUCUUCACUGAAGGAUGUGCUUCCCGCUCAGUCUCCACUGAAAUCAGCUUUAGUUUCAGACAAGAAGCUCUCACCCGUGAGCAGGAAGAGGUCGUCGGCACCAAAACACGUCGCUUUUGCUAAUGUAAGUCCACAGCGCUAUUGGAACAUAACAAAGGUGUUUAUGGGGAGAAUGAAAUUCUUAUGACAGCGCUAUUGGAACAUAACAAAGGUGUUUAUGGGGAGAAUGAAAUUCUCAUGAAUGAUUAAACCUUUGAUGGAUUAAUUUUUUUUUUCUUCUUCUUACCAUCUCAUUAUAGAUGUUUUUAUAUUUUUUUUAAUUGAUGGCUACGACCAGAGGUCUUGUUGUUGACACCUCCAUGCACGUCUUUCUCUACAUAUUUGUCUGCUGAAUUUCAGUGAUUUUAACGUAGUUCCCUUAGUCUGAUAUGAUAGACCUGCACUGGCCCUUGUCUUUUGGAAACCAUGCAAAGCUUUUCUGUAAUUCAAUUGCAAUGGCACGGUUCCAUACUCAUAAAGUUGACAUAAUUUGCUGCGAUUGAUAAAUAAAUCCCUAUAUUCAGGUGGAAGAACCUUCUGAUAAUACUACUAAUGAUGAUGAUGAUGACACUAAAGUUGAGGAGGAGUCACCAACACGGAGGGGUAAACUUAUUUGUUUUCUAUUUGUUGCUGGAAAAUGCGUUAUUGAUAUAAGCAAUGAAAGUGUAGAGAUUAUAAACAAAAAAGAGAGAACAAAUUGCUGAAAUGAUUUCUACAAAAAUGUUCUUAAUUUUGAAAAUAGUAAUUGUAAUUUGUCUUUAGAACUAUAAGUCUAAUUCGGGGCUGUUGAUCUUAUGUUACAAGUCUAAGUCAGGACUGUUGAUCUUAUGUUACAAGUCUUAGUCAGGACUGUUGAUCUUAUGUUACAAGUGUAAGUCAGGACUGUUGAUCUUAUUUUACAAGUCUUAGUCAGGACUGUUGAUCUUAUGUACUUACAACUUUUAUGGAGACCAAUGUUAUUUAUUAUUGUCGUUAUCCUUGAAUCCCCCAAGCUCGUUUCAAGCUGAGCAAAAAAGGCAAAAAAAAUAUUUGUCAAGUCAAGCAAAUGGAAACAAAACCUGUCCAAGCUCUGGAAAAUCCUGACAGUGAAAGUAAUGAAAGUAUUAAACCCAGAACAACUUCAGCUUCUCCAACCAGACAAAGCCCAAGAAAACUAACCAUGGAAGAAUCUUGUCAAGAGGAGAACAAUGAAAAAUCAACAAUGAAAACAAGAGGGAAAAGAGGAAAAACUAAAGGAAAGGAGGUUACUGUGGAAGAAAACGUAAAUAAUGAAUACAGUUCACUGGCACCAAAGGAGGAUCUUGAGCCAGUUGUUAAAAAGGGUAAAAAAGUUGUGUCCAAGGCCGCCCUUGGAGGGGAUGUCAUGACUGAUGUUAGAUCCUCUAGAAGAAGUCAGGGUAAGCCUCCACAAAGGAGCAGUCCAGUGGAGGCGACUGAGCAUGUAAAUGAGAAGUCAAAGAAACUGGAGGCGUUCACAGCAGUGAAAUCCAUGGAUGGGGAUGAAUCGGAAGCAAGUGCAUUCACAGAACCAACGUCUGACGAGCAGAGUGAUGUUGAGUCACUUGCAGCCGAAAAAGUUGUGGAGCCCAAGAGAAAAAAGCCCCAGAGCGAGAAAAGGACAGUUCAGAAAGAAAAUGCUGUAG